UGUGUGUCAUCUACUUUGAAGUGUCAUCUGUUUUGGUUUGAGCAUGUUUUUCUGCUACAAAUUUACUUUGAUAAGUGAUCAUCUAUUAAUUAUUUUAUUAGUUUUAAACCAUGGCUGAAAGAAAAUUUACUCGCAGCCUAAACAAACCAGGCUCUGCAGCCCAAGUUCGGGAAACCGUUUCUCAAGCAGUUAGAGAAAGCACUCUCAUCGCAAAACCCCAGCUUAUAGAACCUGUUGACUUUGAAGUCUUUUUUCAUAAAAAUAAAACCUUGCUUCAAAAUGAUCCACUACGAGAAAUGCUUUUGUUCCCACAGGAUGAUGUUGUGGAAGAAGUUAUUUCUCGAACACAUCGAACUGUUAAUCCAACAAUACCUGUUCUUGCAGAAAAUGAGGUUUCUUCCUUGUUUACUCGACAGUGUCUUAAAGCCUACAUUAAAGAUUGGCAUGUGAUAAAUUACAAAUAUAAAUCUUAUUCUGGCUCUUAUUUACAACUUCCUAGAUUCCCAAGACAAAGUGAAUUAGAAGAUCAAGUUUAUGAAGUAGACACUGAAAUUGAUGGUGGCAAAGAUUCUAUUAGCACUGUUGGAAGUGAAAGUGGAGUUAUAAAAGAAGGAUUCCUAUUAAAAGGACCAGAAUCUGGAACAGACAGUUUUAUUAGCUUGGCUACAAAGUCAUUUAAAAGAAGAUUUGUGUGCUUACGGCAAGAAGUUGAUGGGACACAUAUUUUGGAAUUCCAUAAAGAUGAUCGUAAGACUGAUUCUAAAGGUGCACUAUGCAUGGAUUUUUGUAAUAAAGUUGUGCGAAGUUCUAAGAGAAGUAAGUUGGGGUUUGAACUUCAAAUGGCAGAUGGACACAAAUCCUGUAUUUUAGCUGCUGAAAAUGAAAGAGAACUGGAACUUUGGCUGACUAGUUUGAACACUGUCAUUACAAAUACAAAAAAUGCAUCUGAAAAUAGUCGAAAACCGCCGAUUUCUCCUGAUAGCGCUAGUGAUUUCAUGUCAAGUAGUGCCCCUUCUCCUUUUGGAUAUGGUACUCUGAAAGGGCUAGAACAUAGUAAAAAUCCAGAAUUAGCAAAGUAUGCUAGAGAAACAGAUUACUCAAUCGCUUUGGCAAGAAAAGAAAACCGACAAAAUCUUUUUGCUAUUUACCCAGAUAUGCAGAGAAUGAUCCAUUCUGCUCAUAAUUAUGAUUUUGAAAAAGAAGUAAAGCCCUACAAGGAAGAAUUUGGAACUCGAAUUUUGGUAAAAUGUGAAGAAAUUAGUUUUAGGUUACAGGCACCUCUUGAGAGUGAAAAAGAUUCAUUGUGUCAGGUAGAGCCCUAUAUAACUACUUUAGCAAUUUAUGAUGCAAAAAGGAAUAGAAAAGUUAGUGAAGAUUUCAAAUUUGAUGUAAAUAAUCCCUACAUUCGCAAUAUGCUUCCUAUGAAAAGCAGAAAAUGCAGUGUUCCUUUUAAUCAAACUAAUACAAAUUCAAAUUGUAACGGUGAAAAUAAUAAAAGUGUACCAAAUCCACAUCUGAGAGAUAUUGGAGAAGAAUGGUUAGCAUUUCCUAAACAGGCUAUUUUCAAUGUGCAGCAUCCAGAAUCAGAAUUAUAUUUUGUUCUGAGAAUUGAAAAAGUCUUGCAAGGAAGUAUAUCACAAGCUGCUGAUCCUUAUAUUCGUGCUCAGUCUGCAUCUAAUAAUGGACGCUUAGGGGCUAAAGUACAGAAAAUUGCUAGAUCAUGUUGUCAGAGACUGGGUCAUUAUCGAAUGCCCUUUGCUUGGGCAGCUCGCCCUAUAUUUAAGCCUCUGUCUGAUGAACUGGACACAACCACAGAAUUUGGGCCAUUGUAUAGACAAGAAGGUGCAAAACUUUCUGAUGAGGACUUGCUGCGCUUUCUUUCAGAGUUUAAAAAACCAGAAAAACUAAAGCAUUUAACUAUAAUUCCUGGUUCUUUCAAGUUUUCUCUUCAAAUUUUGAAAGAUCUUCCUCCAAAUUGUUUAAACACUUCACUGGUGCCAUUAAUACCAUUUCCAAUACCUCCAAAAUGUGAGCCAACUAUAGAAAUAGAACAAUUUCCUACUGGUAUAGCCAGUAGUUGCAAUCCAUAUGUUACCUACAUUAAUCAUCUCUAUGUUUUUCCUAAAUCUUUAAAAUAUGAUGGUCAAAAAACUUUUACAAAAGCAAGAAAUAUUGUUUGUUCAAUUGAAUUUCGAGAUAGUGAUGAUGAAAAUGCUGAGCCUUUGAAAAUUAUAUAUGGGGUUCCUGGUGAAUCUAUAUAUUGUUCUAAAGCUACCACUUCUAUUACUCAUCAUAACAUAAAUCCUGAUUUUUAUAAAGAAGUUAAGAUGCUUCUUCCUACUCAAUUACAUGAAAAGCACCAUAUUCUUUUUACAUUCCAUCAUAUCAGCUGUGAACAGCCAAAAAGUUCGAAGAGACGAGAUAUACCUGUUGCUAAUGUUGUUGGAUAUUGUUGGCUACCACUGCUUAAUAAAGGACGGUUAUCUAUAGAUGAUCAGAAUCUUUCUGUUUCUAUAAAUUUACCACCUGGUUAUUUGUCAUGCAAGCCUUUGGGCCUGGGAAAAGGAUUCAGUGGACCUGAAAUUCGUUGGGUUGAUGGUGGUAAAGAGCUUUUUAAAGUUUCCUUUAUUCUUGUUUCAACUGUUAAUUCAAAGGAUCAUCAUCUUCACAAUUUUUUUUCUCAGUGUCAGCGUUUACGUGAAUCUAAAAUUCCAGAAAUUGAAGCAAACAAUUCAAAUAAGUUAUGGGGUUUUGGGUUGUGGGACUUAAGUGCCUGUCCUGUAAUUCCUUCUCUGUGUCAGCGUCCUCGACCUCAGAGUAUGCCUAUGAUCCUUCCUGUAUCACCUCAAGAAGAUUCUCUUAUUGCCCCAGGUUCUGAAGUUGGUAGAGAAGUUUCCAAGUAUGUGAAAGUGCAACAUGGAAUGACGAAGACUUUAAAGACUCUUCAUGCUGUAGAUAUGAGCACAAUAAUCCACUUUUUACCUACUUUGUUGAAUGAGUUAUUUCAUCUCAUUGUCAUGACAUCAAAUGAAGAUGUAGCCUUAAACACUGUAAGAGUCCUUAUACACAUUGUUCAUGGUGUUCAUGAAGCUGGGAAGAAUGAUAUUCUACACACUUAUGUUCAGUAUGUCUUCAAAACACAAGAGAUGACAGUGAGAAAGAGAGUUGUUCAUGAAGAAUUAGUGAAAUCUUUGAAUAUUGUAUUGAAACCUGCUAAUACAGAUUUUUUGAUGAUAAAUAAAUUCUUGAGACAUUCUUGGUUUUUCUUUCAAAUUAUCAACAAAUCUUCUGCUCAACAUCUACUGUCAACUGAGAGAAUAAAGAUGCUUCGACAAGAAAGAUUUCCCGCAGAUUAUCAGUUAUGUGUCAAGAGCUUAGUUGAGAAUCUUGUUCCUCAUAUAUUGCAGAAGCAUAAGGAACUUCCAAUUGAAACAAAGCAAGCCAAUAUUAGCCUUGCAUUCUUUUUAAAGAAAUGUCUGUCUCUUAUGGAUCGAGGCUUUGUUUUUAAAUUAAUAAAGAGCUACUUAGAAAAAUUUGUGCCAAAUGAUGUAAAGACCUUACAUGAAUAUAAGUUUGAAUUCUUGGAAAUAAUAUGCUUUCAUGAGCAUUUCAUUGCCCUCAAUCUUCCAAUCAUGCGUAGCAUUGGAAUACAUGGUCAAACAAAAAAUAUGAAAGAAACCUGUGAUGAAUCCACUGGAGGUGCUGCAACUCUGCAGCACCUGUGGAUGAGCCGCCACUGGUCUUUAUCAAAAAAUUUUGAACAUGAAUACCGCUUGUCAGAUGAGUUUUGUCGUCAUCAUUUUCUUCUCGGAACUUUACUUCAAGAGAUUAGGGCUUCAUUGUGUGAAGUUCAUGAUAUAAGACAAACAGCAAUAUCAGUUUUUAAAAAUUUACUUGCAAAACAUGCAUUUGAUGAUCGCUAUCAAGGAAAGGCCUAUCAAGCUAGAAUUGCAUCUCUGUAUUUACCAUUCAUUUCCAUUUUGAUUGAGAAUUAUAGUUCAUUGCACUUAAAAACACCUCCAGCAACUCCUCCUGCUGUUAAAAAGGCUGAAAAAUUAAGUACAUCUAAAAUUGCUGAACAUUUUUCUAAUCCAGUUACCCCUGUUUUGUCUCGGAGGAGUACUGUAGAACCUACAGGAUCUUUACCUGCUUCUGCGAGAAAUAGAGAUUCCAGCUUCCUUGGCAUGAUAGCUGGACAAGCCCAAACCCAGCCAACUGUAACUUUUGCAAAUGGUUCUUGUACUUCAAUUGAUAGUAAUGCCUCUAAUCCUUCAACACUCUCAGAAAGGAGUAAAGAAAGUGAGAUUCAUAUUCGUGAAAAAGAUGGAACUGAAAGCUUAGAUGAUUAUAAAUGUCAUGCAAGAUCCCAUUCACUUCCAUUUUCAAGUUCUUCCAGUGUACUGCAUUUUGAUAAAAUGGACUCAGUUGAAAUAAAGGAUUUAUUGGUGUGCUUCCUGUAUAUAAUCAAACAUGUAAAUGAAGAGCUUCUUAUUGGAUGGUGGCAACACUGUAGUGAAUAUGAUAUUCUAGAUUUUUUUCAAAUACUAGAGCUGUGUUUACAUCAAUUCAAAUAUAUGGGCAAGAAAAACAUCAAAAAUCAACAUCCUGCAAUGAAUCAGCCAAAAUCGAUGACGUUACCAGCUAGAACACCUCCUCCCUCUUUUGCACAACGUUGUAACAGUACUUAUAGUGAAGCUGGUACUCAUACAGUUUCAUCUUUAUCAUCCUCUGAUGCAGAUACAUUUUAUCGAGCACUUCUUGAAGCCAAUAUGGCCACUGAAGUGGGUUUGAUUGCUCUUGAUGUCUUAGGACUGUAUUGUCUACACUUGAAAGAGCAACUUUUAUAUAAAGAUGGGGAUAAUCCACUUAUGAAGAAAAUAUUUGAUAUUUAUCUAUCCUUCCUGCAAGUGGGCCAGUCAGAGAAAAUGUUCAAACAUUUAUUUGCUGCUUUACGUGCUUUCAUUAACAAGUUUACUGUAGCCUUAUUUCAAGGAAAUGCUAUUCUUUGUGGAAAACUAUGUUUUGAGCUAUUGCGCUGUUGCAAUUCAAAAUUACAAACUGUUAGAAAUGAAGCUUGUGCAUUGCUUUAUCUUCUCAUGAGAAGUAAUUUUGAGUUUUCAAAACGGAAAGAAUUAACAAGAGUUCAUCUACAGCUUAUUGUAUCUGUAUCAAGACUUCUAGGAGAUGUUGUUGGUUUAAAUAAUGCAAGAUUGCAGGAGAGCCUUUCUGUGAUUAAUAAUUAUGCAAACAGUGAUAAAGCCAUGCAAAACACAGUAUUUCCUUCUGAAGUUAAAGAUUUAACCAAACGGAUUCGGACCGUUUUGAUGGCUACUAUGCAAAUGAAAGAACAUGAGAACGAUCCUGAAAUGCUUGUGGAUUUGCAACAUCAGCUUGCUAACAGUUAUGCCUCGACUCCAGCUUUACGAAAAACAUGGUUAGAAAGUAUGGCUCGUAAUCAUUUAAAAAAUGGGGACCAUUCUGAGGCUGCACAUUGCUAUAUUCACAUAGCAGCAAUGGAGGCAGAAUAUUUAAAGCAAAAAUGCAUAAUUUCGGAUGGAUGCAGUGCAUUUAAAACAAUUUCACAAAAUGUUGAACAAGACGAAUCUAAUUUGAAAGAGGAUGCAGGAGUGCAUGAUAUACAAUAUUCUCAGGAAACUUUGUUGAAGAAUCUUGAAAUUUGUGUCAAGAUGUUAGAACAAGCAGAACGUUAUGAAGUAUUGCCUGAACUUUAUAAACUUAUUAUACCUAUAUAUGAAGAACAAAGGAAUUAUGAAGCACUUUUAAUGUGUUAUAAAACUCUUCACUCUGCCUAUGCAAAAAUAGUAGAUGUAAAUAGAACUGGAAGAAGACUUUUGGGCAAAUAUUACCGAGUAGCAUUUUUUGGAGCUUCUUACUUUGUGGAAGAAGCUGGAAAAGAAUACAUUUACAAGGAGCCAAAAGUAACUUCUUUAGCUGAAAUAUCAGAGCGCCUUUAUCAUCUAUUUUGUGAAAAAUUUGGUAAAGAUGCUGUUCGGAUGAUUAUGGAUUCUAAUAAAGUUAAUCCUAAAGACUUGGAAUCAAAAUAUGCUUACAUUCAAGUAACUCAUGUUGUACCAUAUUUUGACGAAGAUGAGUUACGUUCAAGACCCACAGAAUUUGAAAGAAGCAAUAAUUUAAGGAGAUUCAUGUUUGAAACACCAUUUACGGUUGAUAGUAAUAAAGCACGUGGGUUACCAGAAGAGCAAUGCAAAAGGCGUACUAUUUUAACAACUUUGUAUUCAUUUCCUUAUGUUAAAAAAAGGAUUCCUGUUUUUUCAAAAAGUGUUCACGUUUUAAGUCCCAUAGAAGUUGCAAUUGAUGAAAUGCAAUCUCGUAUCAAUGAAUUAGAGGAAGUAGUAACAUUACAGCCCACAGAUAUAAAGAAAUUACAACUUAAACUACAAGGAAGCAUUAGCGUGCAGGUAAAUGCUGGUCCACUUGCAUAUGCUAAUGCCUUUCUGGAAGGGAAGAAACCUGAGAAGUAUCCUACUGAUAAAAUAAUGUCAUUGAAAGAAGUCUAUAGGAGGUUUAUAAAAAUAUGUAGAGAAGCAUUAGAACUGAAUGGCCGUCUUAUAACUUCAGAUCAAUAUGAAUAUCACAUGUCUCUGAAGAAAAAUUUCCAAGAAUUAGUAGAUUCUUUGUCAGGGAUGUUACAUGAAAAGUUGUACUACCAAGAAAAAGAUGUUUUAUGUCUAAAAAGAACAUCAUUGGAUGUAUUCAAUUACAUUAGUGGAUCACCAUCACCUAGCUCUAGUAAUGCUUAGUAAGACUAGAACUUAUUUUUAAACAUUACUGGAAAUAUAAGCCAAAAAAGUGCCUUUGAAAUAAGAAAGGCAUCUAUUUAUAAACCAAUGUAUAUAAACUUUUUUUUAUUUAUUUUUGAGGUGAUAGACACCCCAAAAGCAAUCAUACAAGGUGUGCAAUUUGUAUUAUAGCAUCUCUCUGAAUCAUGUACUUUUGUAAUUCUAACAUCUAUUUUUAUCUACGGGUAUUCUGUCAUCCUCUAAUGAAUUUUUAUAGCUAAUAUGUAGAAAAUGUACAGCAUAUAGUAUAUUUUAGUAUAAUUUAAGGUGCUAUUUUCCUUUCCAUUCACUAUUUGUUUUCAAAAUAUAUUUUACACAUCAUGUUCUUCAACUAACGCUUUUCCAAGCAGGCAUAUUUUUAAAUAUAACAUAACUAAAGAUUAGCCUGAUUGUUAAACUGUUUAUAUAUAUAGUGUUAAUAAUAUUUAUUGAAUUUUUAUUGCUUUCUAACAGCUUUUACUUUACAACAGCAUGUGAUAUUUUGCUUUUCAUUUACAUCUGCUAUUGUAAAUAGUGUUUCUUUUUAUAUAAUGUCAUAAUUUUAACUAUCAUACAUUUUAAAAAG